CCCGCUGAAGGCUGGAAAAUGAGUGUUCCAGCGGCUCCUAAGAAAUCGUGUUACAUUGAGUUACGGGACAAUAGAAAUGGAGUGAAAAAUAAUAAUGAGAGCGUCGUAAGUCUGGGAGACACCAAUGCCAACGCCAUCAUGCUGGAGGUCGGUUCCUCUCCUGAUGAGGCUGUGACAUGUGCCCUGACAGAUGAAAUUGGAAAUGUGAAUUCAAGGGGGCCAGAAAGCAGUACCCGUGUCCAGAAGGAGUUUCACCCACUUCAGGGCUUUGUGAAAGCAUCUCAGGCUGGCCCCGCCAGCCUGAAGGAUUUUAAAUUUUCUCCGAUGGCUCAGAGAGAACGGAAUGAAGAGCCCACUCUGGAGAGAGGCACCGAUCCCCCGCAGGCCCCCCGGGGUCUUCAGGGACCAGGUCAGCCAAGUUGGAGGACUGUCACGGGUGAGGCCAGCCCGGAGGUUUUGGCUAAGAGGGAGGCUGACAUUCCCCGGCAUGUUCCCAAGGAUAAGUUGGCCAAGACCCUUGACAAUGAGAAAUUGAGGAGGCAUUCUUUGGAGAGAGCCAGCAGCUCUGCUGUAGCAGCGGACGUGCUCACCAAGGAGCGGGCUGGGGGCCUGGCCCGGCCAUUUCCACAGCCCGCAGUUCUGGGGUCCCCAGAAGCCCCCCGUCUGGUGCCCGGUGGUGGGGAGGGGCUGCAGAAGAUGGGGACAGCCCCUUCUCUAGGCCCGGCUUGUCCUCCAGCUGGUGGUUCCUCAGAGGGAAAGAGCGCACGUCAUCCUAAACCAUCUACCUCAGUAACCAAGGAGACCACCCCCUUAGAUACCCAGCCGGAGGUGGGACAGGUACCCAUAGUUAGCGCCCAGGGUACAGCACCUUCUGCCCACCCAGAGUGCACUCCCAGUUCCUCCCCAGCCUCGAAGGACGUCCUGAUGAAGCCAGAAGCACAGUCAGAUCAGGGAAAGGCCGAGCCCAAGAUGGAGCUGAAACCUGUCCCGCCCCGGGCCAUGCAGGAGCUCAGGUCCACCCAGGCGGGGGCACUGGGACGUCCUCAGGAGGAUGGUGUGUCCCCCCCCGGAGGAAAGGAGCCAUGUGCGGAAGCACAGCGAGACGCCUCGGCCGCCCCACCGAGCAGCCCGGCACACCCCCCGGGCACGGGGAGAGGCAGGGCUGAGCAGGAAAAGAGAGGGGAGGAGAGGUCUCUCCAGACGCCCCCCAGACCGAGCCCCGCUUCCUUGGGAGCUGCUGAGCAUCAGGCCGCGGGCAGGUGUUCGCCAAGUGCAGCUACGCAAGCGGGUGAUGCAGCGUCAGCAGGGGACGGUCGCGUCGCUUUUGUUCCUGGGGGUUCGACUGACAGCAGGCCCCCAGCUGCCAGUGAGGAGAGAGGGGUCCUGGGCAACGGGGAUGGCGCUGCGGCUUUUCGCUCAGAUCCUUCUGUGGGAGAGCGCGGAACGGGGGUCCCUGAGCCCCCCGACCCUCCAGGCAGCAGCUCAGACGCUGGGGGAGGCCAAGCGAUUGUGGCAUCCGUUGCUGAGACCAGGAACCGUCUAGAGACUGCAGUGAAGACGGAAGGCACCCCGCCAGUGAGAGCAGAUUCUCUACUCGGUGUCCCAGCGCCCCCCCACCCAGAGACCACUGUGAACGUGGCCCGCCAGCCCCCGCCUCCCAGCAGCCGCUUUCAGGACUUGGGCGCAUUGAGUGCGGACGCGGGGUCCUCCCCGGCCGCCCCGCCUCCCGCCGACAGCGCCCGGUUGUCACACGCUUCCCCGAACGUGCCUGACAAGGACGCCUGCCCCGGUGGGAUCCCCAAGCCUGGCCUCACUCAUCCCGAGGACACCCCCGCCUCACAGGAGGGAACGGAGGGCCCCCAGGUUGAAAAGACGGAAGGAAGGGUGGACCCCAGGCCCAUCGUGAUGCCCAAGCCCAAGCAUGUGAGGCCCAAGAUCAUCACCUACAUCCGGAGGAGCCCUCAGGCCCUUGGCCAGGUGGACGCGUCGCUUGUGGGGCUACCUUAUGCCCCACCCGCGUGUAACGUGCCUCUCCCCAAAGAGGAGAAGGUGGCAGGUGGUGACCUGAAGCCGGCCACCAGCCUCUACGACAAGUUCAAGCCAGACCUGCAGAGGCCCCGGGUGUUCAGCUCUGGACUGGUGGUGUCCGGGAUCAAGCCCCCGGGACACCCCUUCAGUCAAAUGAGUGAAAAGUUUUUGCAGGAGGUUACAGAACGCCCCGGCAAAGAAGAAUUUUGUUCUCCUCCUUAUACGCACUACGAAGUUCCUCCAACUUUCUACCGCUCAGCCAUGCUCCUUAAGCCCCAGUUGGGAUUGGGCGCAAUGUCACGUUUACCAUCUGCCAAGAGCAGGAUCCUGAUUGCAAGCCAGAGGUCUUCGGCGAGUGCCAUCCACCCACCUGGAAGCAUAGCGGCAGCUGCCAGCCUCUACAGUGCCGACCCUGCAGCAGAUUUAAAGAAAGCUUCCAGUUCAAAUGCUGCAAAAUCCACGCUACCCAAAUCUGGACUUCGUCCUCCUGGCUACUCACGUCUCCCGGCAGCCAAGCUGGCGGCCUUUGGCUUUGUCCGGAGCUCCAGCGUGUCCUCGGUGUCCAGCACCCAGUCGGUGGACAGCGCCCAGCCCGAGCCAGGCCGGCUGGCCAACCGUUCAACCUUUGGGGCUGAAGACCAGCCAGCUUUGAAGGCAGCUCUGCCUUCCAAAGAUACACCCAAGGGGGCCGGCCGGGCGGCCCCUCCAGCAUCCUCCAGUGUGACAACACCCCGCAGGAGUUUGCUUCCGGCACCAAAAUCCGCGUCCACACCUGCAGGAACAAAGAAAGAAGUACAAAAAGAUCAAGAUGCUAAUAAACCUGCAGUUUCAUCUCCUAAGAGAACAGCGGCUUCAGCCACCAAGCUUCAUUCGCCAGGAUACCCCAAGCAGAGGACCACGGCCCCCCGCAAUGGCUUCUCCCCCAAGCCGGACCCGCAGGCCCGCGAGGCCGAGCGGCAGCUGGUGCAGCGGCUGAAGGAGCGGUGUGAACAGCAGGCCCGGCAGCUGGGCCUCCUGCAGGCAGAGCUGAGGAGGGCCGUCCGGGGCUUCGAGGCACUCGCCGUGUCCACUCAGCUUUUCUUUGGGAAGAAUGAAAGUGUCCUUGUGAAAGAAAAAGAGCUGUCAAUCGAACUUGCAAACAUCAGGGAUGAAGUUGCCUUCCAUACGGCCAAGUGUGAGAAGCUGCAGAGGGAGAAGGCGGAGCUGGAGCGGCGCUGCGAGGACGAGGUGCGCAGGCUAGGCUGGCAGCAGCAGGCCGGACUGCGCGACCUGGAGCGGAGGCUGCAGCUGCAGUUCGAGGCCGAGGUGGCCCGGCUCCAGGAGGAGCACCGCGCGCAGCUGCUGCGGAUCGGGUGUCAGCACCAGGAGCAGGUGGAAGACAUCACCGCCAGCCAUGAGGCUGCUCUCCUAGAGAUGGAAAACAGCCACACGGUUGCCAUCGCGAUCCUGCAGCAUGACCACGAGCACAAGGUCCAAGAACUGAUAUCUACCCACGAGCUUGAAAAGAAAGAAUUGGAAGAAAAUUUUGAAAAGCUGCGGCUGUCAUUACAGGACCAGGUGGACACGCUGACCUUUCAGAGCCAGUCUCUGCGGGACCGAGCCAGACGCUUCGAGGAGGCUUUGAGGAAAAACACUGAGGAACAGCUGGAGAUUGCAUUGGCUCCUUAUCAGCACUUGGAAGAAGACAUGAAGAGUCUGAGGCAGGUGUUAGAGAUGAAGAAUCAGCAAAUACACCAGCAGGAAAAGAAGAUCAUUGAGCUGGAAAAGCUGGCAGAAAAGAACAUUAUCCUGGAAGAAAAGAUCCAAGUUCUCCAGCAGCAGAAUGAAGACCUCAAAGCCAGGAUCGACCAGAACACCGUCGUCACGAGACAGCUGUCGGAGGAGAACGCUAACCUCCAGGAAUACGUGGAGAAAGAAACGCAGGAGAAGAAGAGACUGAGCCGAACCAACGAAGAGCUGCUUUGGAAGCUCCAAACCGGGGACCCAACCAGCCCGAUCAAACUGUCCCCCACGUCCCCUGUUUACCGCGGGUCCUCCUCCGGGCCCUCGUCUCCCGCCAGAGUCAGCAUGACGCCCAGAUGACGCCACCACGCUGCGGGCCGAGCUGCGGCGCCUGGUCCACGAGGGUUUCCACCUGGAGGGAGCGGGGACCAUGGGCCGGCCCGGCUGACCCUGCGCGCAUGCCCAGUAGCUGCGUAGCUGCAUCCUGUGCGCGCAUGCCCAGUAGCUGCAGAGCUGCAUCCUAGGCAGAGUUCUUCUCUGAUCCUCGUGUAAGACUGUCCCGGUACUGGCACUUAGGAAAGUGUAAACGGUAGUGUCUGAUGUGCAAACGUUUGACCGUAGUGAGAGCCAAAAGAAAGCAAUGCCAACUGUUCUUGAGCGAUGAACUUUCACUGCAGAAUUUCAGGUUAGUUACAAGUAGCUCAGUUUUGAGUAUCUAUUGAAUAAUCAUUGUGUACUGCACCGAUAUGUGUGUAUAUUUAGAUAUACGUAUAUACACA